GCACCCUCACACCCCCCACUGGCCCUCGAACUCCUCUCUGACUUGACCGCACCCCUUUCCUUUCAAAUCCGACAUGGAGCCCAUCAAGGUCCAAUCAGAAGGUGGACUGAAUGUGACCCUCACCAUUCGGCUGCUCAUGCACGGCAAGGAAGUCGGAAGCAUCAUCGGGAAGAAAGGGGAGACGGUGAAGAAAAUGCGUGAGGACAGCGGAGCCCGCAUCAACAUUUCUGAAGGCAACUGCCCCGAACGGAUAGUCACCAUCACUGGGCCGACGGAUGCCAUCUUCAAGGCCUUUGCGAUGAUAGCCUACAAGUUUGAGGAGGACAUCAUCAACUCUAUGAGCAACAGUCCCGCCACCAGCAAACCCCCUGUGACCCUGCGACUGGUUGUGCCAGCCAGCCAGUGUGGCUCGCUCAUCGGCAAAGGCGGCUCCAAAAUCAAAGAGAUGAGAGAGUCCACAGGCGCUCAGGUCCAGGUGGCCGGCGACAUGCUCCCCAACUCAACAGAGAGAGCGGUGACCAUUUCCGGGGCGCCGGAGGCCAUCAUCCAAUGCGUCAAACAGAUUUGUGUGGUGAUGCUGGAGUCCCCACCGAAAGGUGCCACAAUCCCCUACCGCCCCAAGCCUGCCUCCACCCCUGUCAUUUUUUCAGGUGGCCAGGUAAGAGCGGACCCGCUGGGGGCGUCCACAGCCAACCUCAGCCUCUUACUGCAGCACCAGCCACUGCCUGCUUACACCAUCCAAGGACAGUAUGCCAUCCCGCAUCCUGACUUGAGCAAGCUCCACCAGUUGGCUAUGCAGCAAACCCCCUUUACCCCCCUCGGACAGACCACCCCUGCCUUUCCCGGUCUGGAUGCCAGUAACCAGGCCAGUACUCAUGAACUCACCAUUCCCAAUGAUCUAAUAGGCUGCAUAAUUGGACGCCAGGGAACCAAAAUCAACGAGAUCCGUCAGAUGUCUGGGGCACAGAUCAAAAUUGCUAACGCCAUGGAAGGGUCGUCGGAGCGCCAGAUCACCAUCACAGGGACCCCCGCCAACAUAAGCCUGGCCCAGUACCUCAUCAACGCAAGGUUCCGAGACGUGGCUGCCAUGUGGAACGACCCGUCCUCCAUGACCACAUCCUGAGCUCCCUGACUGGCUCUUCCAUCCGGCCCCUUUCUGACUGACGACGCCCUCCGGACUCUGGCUCUGGCUCUCUGAAAAUUCUGAGCGCCGGCCGCCCUGGUCCUCCACAAACCGGCGCGGCCCGACGACUCACUUUUAUUUCAGAGAGCCAUUUUGAAAAAAAAAAAAAAAGAACACUGUUCGUUACUUUUUUUUUUGUUUUAGAGAACUGUUAAAGCAUGUUGAAUGUUUAUUAGCAACAACUUGUGUUACUUUUUUUCUUUCUGUUCAUUUCUUUUUCUCUGUCAGUGCUGCGUCAUAGAACAUUUAAGAAGUAAAACAAAACAAAAAAAGAUUUUUGUAGAAGUAGUUCUUUGCAUUUAUUACAGCUCGGUGAUGCUAUCGGCAGAGUGUGGUGGGAUGUAGCCAAAAAAAAAAAACAUUUUUAUAAUAGAUCCAGCCUUUAGAAAACAAUCUCGGACUUCUCCAUUUCUGUCCUAAUUUGCAUCGUUGUCAAAUGACAUCACAUGACCCUCCUUGGCCAAUGGUAUCACACCCGGAGCCUCCCCGUUUUGUGUCGAUCUCCUUCGUUUAUGUACACGCUUGCUUAUAUUGCAUGUACUCAGUGUUGUGUUGUUGUGUAUUUGAGCAGAACCUGUUCGGUGGACCUUGAAAUGAAAUGUUCUUUGUGUUCCCCGUUCUUCUCCGCUCAUGUUUGAAGCUUACCUUUUGGUUUUUCUGGCCUCUCACUCGUAGUCCUAAACCCGGAACCGAUAGCCUCCUUCGAUUACUCGUGUUAUCACAUGCAUGAAAAGGAAAUGAGACAAAACGGAGCAGAAAUUCAAAUGAUUGUUUCUGAUCAUCCGGUGUUUUGUUUUGUACAAGGACUUUUAUGACUAUUUGUCAACUACGCGGCGCUCAUGCAAUAGACGAUUCUACACUUUACUCUGGACCGCUUCUGAUGUGCGACGGGUUUGCUGGCCUCGGGCUGGGUCCAAAACUUUUUGGCUCGAAUGAAAAAUCAUCAAGCCAAAGAUGUUUGGACCAAGGAAAAAUUGGUUUGGAGGCCAAAGAAUGUUCAGGGUUUU